AUUAGUUUUUGCUUGUCAUCAUCGAAAGACUCUCCUCAGUUCCGUCACAACUGUAGCGCAUUGCACAUCUCAAUCAAGCUUGAUUUGAGAAUGCCCGCUUGGAACCGUCCGGAUCAUGUCCCUUUCCCUCAUACGUGGCACACGUUCCAGGCAAGGGACCCCACCGCGGCUGACGAUCGUUUGAUCAACUAUCGCGUUCAGGAUCUUCCCCCGGAACGAGCCGAAGAUGCCGUCCGGCACAUGUGCACCUAUUUUCUGAAAGAUGAGCCCAUCUGUCGAAGUCUGAAGUUGGUUGACGACCCCGUUGGGGUGCGCGAAAUGUCGUUAGUUUGGGCCAAGGUGGCACGGCAGCGGUGUGCAGUUGUUUGUUUCCGCGAGGGGAGUGAUGAGAUCGUUGGCUUGAAUAUGCUAACGGUUGUAUCGCGCGAAGACGAUGCGAGUAGCGGCUCUAAGUUCGAGAGCCCUGCAGUGAGAGAUUUCGUAGACUCUACGCUUUACAUGACGGACCAGGGAAAGCUGUUCGAAACGUACGAGGUGGAUUGCUUUCUCUCGGCCUGGGGUCUGUCGGUCCAUCCCACCUACCGGGGACUAGGAAUUUCCACCGAAAUAAUCCGGGCGAGGAUUCCAUUUUGUCGCCAAUUCGGUUUGAAGCUGAGUGCAACGGUCUUUUCGCAUCCAGGGUCACAAGUACCCGCAGCAAAAGUAGGCUUCCAGGAUGCAGUUGUGAUACGAUUUGUUGAUUUGGCUAAUCAAGGGUAUCGAUUAGCUGUGCCGGUUGAAUACAAUAAGUUAAUGGUGCUGAAAGUAGAAUGAUGAUAUAAUAAAAACGGUAGAGUGGAUAAGCAAUCUUUGAAGGGAUGAAAUUAAUCGCUAUAUCAUAAUAUAUUUCUUUUUUAUGAG